ACAGAGAACAACAUUUUCAACUAACAAUUCCCAGAAGCCCUGCGCUCCCUCGGUUCAUCGCCAGGGGGACCUUGAAGGCCGUCUUUGUUCAGAAUCCGAAGCACAGAGGGCGGGGCUUGAAGAAUUUAGCCUUCACAGCUCACCCUCUUUCCGGCUUGUAAACCAUUCUGCCAUGCUGUUAGCUUCACGCCAAAUUAACCUCGAAUUCAACUGCUGAAAUCCAACUUGCAGGAAAAUUUCUUGCAGUAUUUGGUAUCGAAAAAAGAGAGAAGAAAUGGAAUUGAAUUUGUUGAAAUGGAAGCCAAAUUGGCAACUCAGAAAAUGCUGCAACCACGACCAAGUGAUCUUCCUCAUCUCCGUUGCUGUUUGCACUGUCGUUAUCCUUGUGCUGUGGAGGACGGUACUGAUGACACCAUUUAAGCUUAUAACCGUGUUUCUUCACGAGGUGAGCCAUGCAAUCGCUUGUCUGCUUACUUGUGGUAAGGUGGAAGGGAUUAAAGUUAACGCAGAUGAAGGUGGAGUCACACAAACCCGCGGUGGCAUAUCCUGGCUAAUUUUGCCUGCCGGAUAUCUUGGUUCAUCGUUCUGGGGGAUGGUAUUGAUUCUUGCGUCCACAAAACAUCUCACUACACAAAUCGCUGCUGGCUGUUUCGUUGUUGCUCUAAUUAUUGUGUUCUUUUUAGCUAAAAAUUGGACACUUCGAGGACUUUGUAUAGGAUUCAUUGUUUUAUUUGCUGGAAUUUGGUAUCUGCAAGAAGCAACGCCGGUUCAUAUGCUUAGGGAAGUGAUUCUGUUCACCGGUGUAAUGAACAGCUUGUUUUCGGUUUAUGAUAUCUACGAUGAUCUUAUAUCGCGUAGAAUCAAUACGAGUGAUGCUGAAAGAUUUGCAGAUGAGUGUCCCUGCUGUACUGGAUGUGGAUGGGGUGUCAUUUGGGCAUUCAUAUCUUUCACAUUUCUCUGCGGAUCCGUGUACCUAGCUCUUGUGAUUUUAUCUCCGCGUGUGUGACUGUCUCGGAAACAGAUAAACACAAUACACCGCGGAAGAUGUUACAACGUUGGAUUUGGGGGGUUUCAUAUAUUUUCUCACUCUGUCAUACAUUUUGUUACGAAGAACACAUUGCAGUUUGGCACGACAUGAACUCCGUUCAUCGCAUGCUUUUUAGCGAUUCAUUUACUUUAGCCGGAUGAGGGAAACCCGGAUUAAAAGACCGCGGAGGAGGACGUUGGACAACUAGUAGCUAGUAUUCAGUGCUGCUCCUUAGGCUUCUGGGGAAGUAGAUUUGUUGAGGAUAAAUCUAGGAAUUCGUUGUCUCAUAUUCUUCCAUUGAUGAAGGUACAUUACCUUCAUUUUAUGUCACAUAAAAGCACUUUUUGUAAUUGUAAAUCUUAUGCUAAUAUAAUAUAACAUGUUUUAUUCCUUCUA